AUGUCACUUCCACCACCUCGUCCUUACACUGGCAUAGGCUAUCGUCCACGUUAUUCGGCGAUACGAAGACCUGGCACAUUUUAUCCACGACCAAUGUAUGGUCGUCCACCAAUGUAUGGUGUUGGUCCUGGAGGAGCUGCUGGAGCUGGAGCUGGAGCUGCUGGUACAGGUGCUAUAGCCGGUGUUAUCGGUGGUCUGGCUGCACCAUUGUUAUGCUUAGGAUGUUUAUCAUCAUUAGCCUUAAUAGGUCUAUUUGCCACAAUGAUUGCUGCAGCAGCUUACAUGAAUAAAAUUCAAAAAGAAUUUCGAAGGGGUGUCACUGGUGCCAGUAGUCUAUUACAAGUUGAUAUUGUCUUCUUAUUGUGUACACUUGUAAUUUCACUAAUUAUUAUAAAGAAAAAUCGUGGAACAAGUUCAUAA